AUGACAUAUAAAGUAUUUUUAAAUCUCACCGAAUUAAUUUUUUUUAGAAAUUUGGAAUGGAAAUUAAGAUCAACAAUUUUGACUAACUUACAGGCUGGUUAUGAAAAGUUUGGGAAGCGUUGGAGAGCUAUAAAGCCAAAGUCUGAACUCGCGAAAGAACAAAAGGUUAAAAAGUCACUCCGAAAACGAAAACGGCGGCUGCCAGCAAAUUACGACCCUGCAGUUCAACCAGAUCCUGAACGUUGGCUACCUCGACAGGAACGUACGGCAUAUCGUAAGAAAAUGCAUAAAAAAUUCAAGGAUCGGGAAAUUGGAAAGGGGACACAAGGAGCUGCUGCUGCAACUACUUCGGCUAAUAUUGAUUACAGCACGAAAUCUGCUACAGUUGGGACUGCUCCUGCACCAACAUCAUCAUCACAAGCACCACAAAAACCUGCAGAAGGACCUCGACAACAAAGACCAAACCAAGCCAAAAAGAUAAAGAAAAAGAAGGGGGGAAAAUGGUAA